AUGCCUGUACUAUGUGGGGGGAUUAACGGGAAAUUCUUCCUUGUCGCCCUCGCCGCCAUCUUGGCUUGCGCCAGCGCUGAUGUCUCUGAGUUGGGUUACACCUACCAGGAACCUGCACCUGUAGCCUUAUCUGUCCAAGCACCUGCACCUGCUCCAGUUGCUCAACCCGACCGCACCUACGUGCCACCUGCACCUGCACCAGCUCCAGUACAUGUGCCAGCUCCAGCUCCAGCACCAGCUCCCGUUCAUGUGCCAGCUCCCGCUCCAGCUCCAGUUCACUACCAAGCACCAGCACCAGCUCCAGUACAUGUACCAGCUCCUGCCCCAGCACCAGCUCCAGUCCAUGUCCCGGCACCAGUGUACAUCCCAGCUCCAGCACCAGCUCCAGUACAUGUACCAGCCCCAGCACCAGCACCAGCUCCAGUUCAUUACCAAGCUCCAGCUCCAGCCCCAGCACCAGCUCCAGUUCAUGUGCCAGCUCCCGCACCAGCACCAGCUCCAGUUCAUGUUCCAGCCCCAGUUUACAUCCCAGCUCCAGCACCAGCAGCAGCACCAGCUCCAGUUCAAUACGUUGCUCCAGCUCCAGUUGAACCAACUGAGCAAAUCGAACAUCACGCUGAAGAUGGUUACCGUUACAAGACUGUCCGUCGUCGCGUCUACAGACGUCGUUAUUAAUUUGUUUAAUUUUUUUGGUUUGAUGAUGAUAAGUCUAUCAGAUGAA